AGAACUCUUUUGGUUCAGGAGUUACGAAAGGUGUUGUUUAUAUUUCGAAAGAAAAGAGUGUCACUGUCACACUGACUGUCAGUCACCACUGAAUCAGAGUUUGGUAAAAGCCACCAAAAAUGUCGUUGGAUCUACUCCCUGCAAAGUUAAAACCUAUCGGGCAUUACAUAAAGACAGCGAUCGAACAUGACAAGCGGGAUCCGGUGGUUGCGUAUUACUGUCGGUUUUAUGCAGUGAAGAAAGGAAUAGAAAUUGACAGCUCUUCUCCAGAAUGUAAAAGCUACUUACUGGGGUUGAUGGAUUACUUGGAGAAGCAAAAACAGGCUGCCCCAGAGGAUUCACCAAUCAAAAACGAGGUCGUAGGUCAAGCACAUGUGGAGAACUAUGCUCUGCAUCCU